AUGACGGGGGCAGACUGUGGUUAUCCUGGCAUCGUCACCAAGCCACUAACCCCCAACUUACUAGAGCUCAGUAAGUUCCAAAACAUUUACCAUCACUUUGGUAAAUGCUCUUGUAUUCAUCUGGGGGUUACUGGGCCCAGACCCCAGACAGUGGACCUAAGGAAUGACAGCACAGUGACAGAGUUCAUCCUGGUGGGCUUUGAGCGGAGCUCCCCUUCCACUAGGGCACUUCUCUUCUCACUCUUCCUAGCUCUCUACAGCCUCACCAUGGCCAUGAACGGCCUCAUCAUCUUCAUCACCUGGACUGACCCCAGGCUCAACAGCCCCAUGUACUUCUUCCUCGGCCACCUGUCUUUCCUGGAUAUCUGCUUCAUCACCACCACCAUCCCCCAGAUGCUGAUCCACCUGGUCAUCAAGAACCACACUGUCUCCUUUGUCUCUUGCAUGGCCCAGAUGUACUUGGUCUUCCUCGUGGGCGUGGCAGAGUGCAUCCUCUUGGCUUUUAUGGCCUAUGACCGGUAUGUUGCAAUCUGCCACCCACUGAACUAUGCCCACGUCAUGAGCCAACAGGUGUGUAUCAGACUGGUAUGUACUUCCUGGAUCUUUGGGCUGAUCAACGGUAUCUUUCUUGAGUACAUAUCAUUUCGGAAUCCCUUCUGCAAAGACAACCACAUAGAAAACUUCUUCUGUGAGGCCCCCAUUGUGAUGGCCCUCUCCUGUGGGGACCUCCAGUUUAGUAUGGAGUUGAUCUUUGCCGAUGCCAUUGUGGUGCUGCUCAGCCCCAUGGUGCUCAUCGCCUCCUCCUAUGCCCGCGUCCUGGCCUCCAUACUCAGCAGAGCCUCCUCCUCAGGGCGGGGGAAGACCUUCUCCACUUGUGCCUCCCACCUGACCGUGGUCAUACUUCUGUACACCUCGGCUAUGUUCUCUUACAUGAACCCCCGCAGCACACACGGGCCUGACAAAGACAAGCUAUUCUCUCUGCUCUACACCAUCAUCAUCCCGAUGUGCAACCCCAUUAUCUACAGUUUCCGAAACAAGGAAAUGAAGGGGGCCAUGGGGAGAGCCCUUGGGAGAAAUGGCCUGGCUCAGGAAGAUUCUCUCUAG